AUGGCCGAUGCGGUGCGGGCGGCUAUUCAGGAUGCGUACGAGUGUGCUGUAAAAGAGGACAACGGUGCAUCCUUGGAAGCGGCACACGGCGGUGGGUUUUUGCCCGAGGACGAGGGCGUAGCACUAGACAAUGCUGUCCCUGACAUCUCCGGCCUCCCGACAUACAAACUACGCGCGGCACUGAGCAAGCUUGGGCUUUCGCGGAGCAAGAAGAAUGCCGUGCAACAGCGUCUAUUUGCUUCUGCCGAGCCAGGGGAUGAAGGUCUUAUGAUACCAAGAGAUACGUUUGCGCGCGUCCUGGAAGUCGUGCUUUUGCACGAUACAAUUCCAAGCUUGCUGCCCGCAAACGGACAAGACGAGGAUGGGCUGACAGACUCGGAAGAGGAAGACGAAUUUCUUCCACAUCAAGAUACAAGCGACGAGGAGGCACAUGUACCUCGGCAAACAAGGCGCGGUAGAGGUGCACCGCAGAACGCGCGCAUGCCGAAUAGCGCGAUCUUGAAAACCAAAGCACGAUUCUUGUACCGAUUGCUACUGGAGCGCAUCCCACUUAAGCCAGGUGCGGCGCUCGAUUCCGCCACGAACGCGCGCACCGUGCGUGCCGAGAUCGAAGAAGAUGAGAUAUCUACGCGCAGGAUUGGGCUAUCCGAGCUGCGCUAUGCCGCUACGAGCCUGGGCGAAAAGCAAAGCACUACCGAGCGGCUCCGCCAAGCCGCAAGUCAGCGGUCUGGCGCCUCAAAUAAAUCCGUCCAUGCCACACCAGAUGGGGCGGGCAAGAGUAGCAAUAUAUCUUCAUCCAGCGGGACGAGUGAAGCUGAUCAAGCGCCAAAGCAAGAGGUAGAUGCUACGACGUUGUCUCCUACGUUUGCGGAAUCUACGACACCUCGCGAAGACAAGCGGCUAUCACAGUCGGCGCCCACCGCUUCGACCAACGUCUGGGAAAAUAGAAUGAAGCAGCGUCAGGCCCAGAUGCAGCGGCAGAAGACGCCGCUUGCGGAUUCUACCCCAAAUCUAGACGACAAGCCUGCCGAUGCGCCUGUGCUGGCUUGCGCGCAAUCCUCCGUGCUUCCCAUAAUCCCGUCCGACAAUGCGAGUGUCGAACUGGGAGGAGCAGAUGCCGGGACCAAUGAUGCGUGGAUUCAUCGCAUCCAAAUUCUUAAUGGAGGGCGCAACAUGGUGCCAUUUUGCCGCUCGCCGGAAUCUGCACGCCGCAUGCAGCACAAAAAGGGCGAUGCGCCUGCGGAAAAAAACAGCGACGCGACACACCACGCAGAGAAUGGCUUGCCUUUAUUAUCGCAUGGGUCACAGCCACAUUUAGUGAAUGCAUUCGGUAAUAUGUGCAUUGCAGGGACCAGCGUCGACGGCUCUUUUUCUCCUUUGCGCCAAUCGGAUCCGCACCGCAUGCCGGUCCCGCACUUUAUUACUGCCCCGCCGCCCGGUUAUAUGCCUGCGAUGCCGUACCAGGCUGGUAUGGAUAUGCAUGAGUGGCAACGUCGCGAUAAUCGGGCCUUACGGGCCGCAGGCCGUGGACGCGGUAAUCAAUUCGGCAUGCAACAGGAGCCAUCUACGCCACAGUUAGUCCAAAAAAUGCUGCCAUGCAUGUUUGUUCCAGGUUCGGGAAUGGUGCCCAUGCCCAAUGGGCCGCUAUCCAAUACUGUACACAGGGGCGACGAACGCACUGCACCAAGGGCGUCUCCCGAGGUAACACGCGCAUCGCGCUCCGACACGAGUCUCCCGCACUCCGAGUCGACCUCUUCUGACUCGAUGGGCAGCCCUCACGUGUCUGCUCCGUACAUUGGUACACCUGGCAUGAUGCCUCCAGGGUACGUCAUGCAGCCUAACAUGAUGCACUACCCGAUGCUACAAAGCUACGGCCAGAUGGACAUGGACCGAUCUCUUUUGCAGCAUCCCCACGGCGCUCGAAAUUUUGUGCCUUUACCCGCGCAGUCGUGCACGCUUGAUUCUCCCACACUCUUGCAGCAGCUUCUCCUUCAAAUUGAGUUUUACUUUUCCGAGUCGAAUUUGGAACUCGACUUCUUUCUGCGGCAGCAAAUGGACGCGGAAGGAUACGCAUCUUUUGAAACACUUGCCAAGUUUAAGCGUGUGCAAAUGAUUUUCAAUUCCGCGACUGUAGCAAGCCAGGAAAACGCACUGAGCAGUGCAGAUCAAGUUGCGCUGCUCCAACGUGCGGUGGCGCCGAGCACGGUCUUGCAAACCAGCGAGGACGAACAGCGUAUCCGACGGCGGUGCGGCUGGGAAAAGUAUGUGAUCCAUUGA